AUUCCGAUGAUGAAGACCCUAGUAGUAGUCCUCAGCUUCAGCUUAACCAUCCUUUCCUUCGGAGGUGCACAUGCAGCAACAAUUUCUUUAAGAAACAAUUGCCCCUACACGGUCUGGCCAGCAACCCUAACCUCCGAUGGAAAACCUCAAUUAUCAACCACAGGGUUCGAGUUAGCAUCCCAAGCUAGCUUCCGGCUAGACACUCCAGUGCCAUGGAGCGGCCGCUUCUGGGCCCGAACUGGAUGCUCCACGGACGCCUCUGGAAAUUUCGUCUGCGCCACCGCAGACUGUGGCUCUGGUCGGGUCACGUGCAACAGUAUAAACAGUACCGAUGGCAUUCCGCCUGCAACUUUAGCGGAAUUCAGUAUUCCAGCAGGCGGAGGACAAGAUUUCUACGAUGUUAGUCUUGUUGAUGGCUUCAACUUGGCCAUGUCUGUGACUCCACAAGGCGGUACCGGCGACUGCAAGACGGCUACUUGCCCUGGGAACGUGAACGCAGUUUGUCCGAGUGAGCUGCAAAAGAAAGGGUCCGAUGGGAGCGUGGUUGCCUGCUUGAGUGCAUGUGUUAAAUUCGGUGAGCCAUGGUACUGUUGCACUCCGCCUCAAAACACUCCGGAGACAUGCCCACCGACAAAUUACUCUCAGAUAUUCGAUGACCAAUGCCCCGACGCUUACAGCUAUGCUUAUGAUGACAAGAGUUUAUUUACGUGCAGUGGUGGACCUAACUACCUCAUUACUUUCUGCCCACCAGGUUCCUGUUGUGGUGAAAUUUACGUACAUAUAGGGGCUCUGGACAUGUAA